ACGCGCUGCAUGUUGGGAUAUGUGCUCUUGUUUACAGUACAGCAGCACAGUGCAAUAACAACUAUUAUUUGAGCUAACAUUGCUAAUAUUAUAUCUGUUUUAGCAUCGAUACUCAAGGAAAUCGCAAGGGCUUAGUGCUAAACUGCGGAUUGUUCGGUGUUUGCGGGUUGAUUUGUCACAAAAAUCUGAUGUUGAAGUUUCUCUUGGAGGUGCUCGUGUGAUUUUGCAGUGUCACAGUCCCAUCAGCCGCUGCCCCAGUGCCAUUUCAGACCUGCAGGAGUUAUACCAUUUACAAGCUGAAUGAAUAAAUCAGCUGCCAAGACUCUAAUCGAGCGGUACUUUCGGCAGCUCACAGACGGCUGUGGAAAUGGCUCCUGCACAAAUGAGUUCUGCGCCUCAUCUCGAAACUUUAAACCUUUGGAUAAAAAUGCAGCAGCGGUCAAAGCUCUGGAUCUGUUUAAGAACAAUGCCAAACUCUGCGACCUGCACAUCUCUAAGAAGGACCCACCCUCCAUCUCUGGAGUGGACAGACAGUUCAGCACUGAGGACCGCAAAGGCGACUUCUCUGACAUCCACCACCUGACCGAAAACAACAUUUGUAUGAUGUUAAGUUACUGUGAAGAGGUCCACGAUUUUUCUGCCGCUGCUCAAGCCAUCGGGCGAGUUUUCUCCAACUCUGACUCUCUCAUGAAGAGUUUUAUAAGAGAAGACACCAAAAAUACCACACAACCACCUCCCCAAAACCACCCAAACAAACAGGACGAAUCAGAAAUGGGUGCUGCUGCUUUUCCAAAACAAGACGCUAGUGAAAUUUUGGACUUGAGUGAUAUCAAUGUAGAUGUUAAUGUAGUGAGAAGAGUCUAUGAAAAAAUCUUAUCUAUUGACGAAAUACACGGCGCUCUUGUGGACGCCCUGAUUUUCCUUACGCCAAAUUUGGAGCUGGAUUUGGAGUACCUUGAUGUGUAUGAAACUAACCCUGACUACCUUAAUAUAUUCAUAAUAGUAAUGGAAAAUACAAACCUCCAUAGUCCUGAAUAUUUAGAAGUUGCUUUACCACAAUUUUGCAAAGCUAUGAGUAAACUACCGGAGGAGGCACUGGCCCGGUUAGCCAAAAUCUGGUCCCAGUUCGGUCUGCCUCACAUCCGCCGUAUGAUGGAGACAUUUCAGCAAGUCAUAACUUUCACUGUAGUCAGCAGCGAGUAUGACACAGACAAUUUAGUCAACGACGAUGAGACGGUAGUAGCAGCAACUAAGUGCUUAAAAGUAGUUUUCUAUGCAAGUCUUUUAGGAGGGGAGCUAGACGUAGGGAAUAAUGAAGAAGAGGAAGAGGAUUUUGAUUCAGAGGAGCUAUCACUUCACGAGUUAAUGGGAGAGGAGCGUAUUUAUAAGAAGGGACCAAGAGUGGACCCUUUGGAGACCGAACUAGGCAUGAGAGCAAUAGACAGUCGAAAACCACUCAUCCCGUUUGAGGAGUUUAUCAACGAGUCUCUCAAUGAGGUUUUGGAGAUGGACAAGGAUUUUACGUUCUUCAAAGUGGAUGAGGAAAGCAAGUUUUCGUUUCAGACCUGCCCCUUUAUACUCAAUACAAUUACUAAGAAUCAAGGGUUGUAUUAUGACAACAGGAUCAGGAUGUAUGGAGAGAGGAGGCUGACAGCUUUCUACAGCAUGAUGCAAGGACGUGAGCCAACGCCUUUUCUAGAGCUAAAAGUGCGGAGAGACCAUAUUAUUGAUGAUGCACUGAUCCGACUGGAGAUUAUAGCCAUGGAGAACCCAUCUGACUUGAAGAAGCAGCUGGUGGUGGAGUUUGAAGGAGAGCAAGGUGUAGAUGAAGGAGGCAUUUCCAAAGAGUUUUUUCAAUUGUUUUUAGAGGAGAUUUUCAACCCAGACAUAGGAAUGUUCAGAUAUGACGAGGACACUAAGCUGUUCUGGUUCAACCCGUCGUCUCUGGAGAACGACGCCCAGUUCACUCUGAUUGGAAUUGUCCUGGGUUUGGCCAUUUACAACAACUGUAUUCUGGAUGUGCACUUCCCCAUGGUGGUGUACCGGAAACUCAUGGGCAAAAAGGGCACCUACCAGGACUUGGCCGACCUCAACCCGAUGUUAUUUAAGAGUCUAAAGGAUUUGUUGGAGUACACUGGGAAUGUGCAGGAUGACCAGCUGACCUUUCAGAUCUCUCAAACCGACCUUUUCGGAAACCCAACUUUAUACGACCUCAAGGAAAAGGGAGACCAGAUACCAGUAACCAAAGAAAAUAGACAGGAAUUUGUAGAGAUGUAUGCUGACUACAUCCUGAACAAAAGUGUGGAAUGCCAAUUCAAAGCAUUUAAAAAAGGAUUUCUAAUGGUCACCAAUGAAUCACCACUGAAAUAUUUGUACAGACCCGAGGAGGUGGAGUUGCUCAUCUGUGGAAGCAGGCAACUGGACUUCGAUGCACUUGAAAAGACAACAGAUUAUGAUGGAGGAUAUAAUAAGGACAGCCAAAUAAUCAAAGACUUCUGGGAGAUAAUCCACUCCUUCAGUGAGGAGCAGAAGAAGUUGUUUCUUCAGUUCACCACAGGGACAGACAGAGCUCCUGUCGGAGGACUCGGGAAACUCAAAAUGAUCAUCGCCAAAAAUGGACCGGAUACUGACAGAUUACCAACCUCCCACACCUGCUUCAAUGCCCUGCUGCUCCCAGAAUACUCCUCCAAGGACAAACUGAGGGAUCAACUCCUCAAGGCCAUCACGUACGCCAAAGGAUUUGGCCUGUUUUGAUCUUUGUGAGGGGAAGGGUACUAUAAGCAUAACAGGGAAAUGUCUUUUGCCAGAAUAUACUACUAUAGUGCCUGUGCCUUACAAAUUCAUGGUGCUGUCUCUUUCCUGGUGGGCAUUUUGAGUAUUACACUCCAUCAGGCUUAUCAAAGAUUUUGUUCACCUGUAUUCAAAUUAUGUUUAUAGUAUUUUUUUUUUGUAGCAUGGCAUUUUUAAAACUGUGAAAGUGCACUGAGAUUUAUUGUUUUAACAAGUAGAUAUUUUAUAUAAUGUAAUUUAUUUUUAGCCUUUUAUUGCACGUGUAGACUGGUGUAGAUUUCACAGACCACAAUGGUGCUUUGAAGUAUGGCUCUUGUCAUAAUGUAGCUGUUAUUAUGUGGCUGUGUAAGUUGCUAAAUUCAGAGCUAUAUAAUGCACAGUCGAGACAAGAGACAAUGAAGUUCAUACAUUGCAUACACCAAGAGAUUUGAGUGCCUAAGUCACACUAUUAUGAUACAUUCAGGUUUGUAUGUUUUCCUUUUGUUUGCUGUGAUCACAUUUUGCACAUUUGCAGUGCCAUUUUCAUUGUAAUUCUACACCUAUAUUUCAGUCAAAUGUCUCAGGAACGUGCACAGAUAAUGCAAAUUUGUUAACUCAGUCCACUGAACCCAAACUAAUUUAUUUGCAUGAGAUGGCAUUGUUUUAGUUUGUUACUUAUUCUUACAAAAUUUAAACUUGCACCUCACUUUUUAUCAUUUUAUUAUUAUUUACAACAUUGCAUAUUUCCAAUUUAGCACAUUUGCUGACACAGAAAAUGGGCAUAUUAUGAAUCAAAUGCACGAGAUGACAAAUGAAUUGCUGUAUACAAUAGCACAAUGAACAAUCGUGAAAAGGUCAAUUAUUUUUGUGCCGAAACUAAGCACAUCUAUUUAAACAAGUCUAUAAAAAAAAAAAACUUUCCAUGGUCUGGUAAACACUUGCAGGACAUGAACCAACUGCCUUAAUAAAGAAUAUACAUCUGCAUACACUGUACACAUUUGACACAAGUUGAAUGUACAAAUUAAAUAUUAAAAAUUGAAAAGCAAA